AUGCAACUCACCACCAUCACCCUCACCCUCCUCGGCCUCGCCGCCACCGCCCUCGCCGUAUCUGCCACCCAAACCAGCCGUGCCCUACCACCAGUCAGCACCAGCCUUCCCUGCACAAACGGCUACUGGUCUUGCAGCGGCAGCAACCUCCGGGUCUGCUCCAACGGCAACUGGGUCCUAUCCGCGGUCUGCUCCUCGGCCGGCUGCUGCUCGGUUACGGACGGCGGGUUGAAUGCGCACUGCACCUGCUAG